ACUGAGUGAGGGCUUGUUGUGAGAUCAUCGGCAUGGCAUACAUCCCUCCUCACAAGCGCCGCUCCGCCACCGGAAACACCUCCGCUCCCGCCCGGCCGCCGGCCUCCCUAUCCCGCCGCUUCGGCCAAUCCUUAGUCCUCGACGGGCCCUCCCACCCUCGGGGGAGGAAGCCCCCCUCCCACCAGCGUAUCGAUAAGGUUGACAUCGCCUACGCGGCUCAAUCCACCUCCCUCUGGUGCAUCGCUGGUGGCUGUCCCCAUCCCGAUGAUUUCCGGCUGGAGCCGUAUCCUUGCGACGUCGUGGAGCGGCAGCAAGGCUACAGGCCUCUAAUGCUUACUAUUGCUGGUGAUCCACAUUCGGUGGAAUCGGAGGACGAACCGCCGCCGUGGGCUACGAUUGUCACAAGGAUCGAGCGUGAUCUGCUUUCUUCCCUCAUCAGAGCGAGGAGCGAACUGGCGCCCCGGAUCAAGAUCUCGUUCGUCGCCAGGAUCGGCAGAGUUUCCUUUCUCGGGAGAGAACCUUCAAGUUGUCUUGAAUCUGUAAGGAGAGCUGCAUAUUCUGAAUCCGAUACUAGAGGGAAAGUUCGCAUGUUCUUCAACACUAAUUUACAAAAUGAACACGUUCAAGAAUUUGAACAGUCGGAGAUGGCAAAGCUUGGUUUUGAUUUAUAUUCCCAGAAGGAAUGUUAUAUCAUCAAGUUUAACAAGACUCUGGGUGGCUCAGUGAUUACAUGCAAAUGCAAAGUUGCUGAAGGUGGCGGCCUUGAGAUAUACAAGAUUGAACAAAAUAGAUUACGUCAUUUGGUUGUAGACGUAUCAUGCAUCUCUAAGGAUCUUGAUCUGAGAUUGAUACUGUAUAGUAUGGAAGUUUCGAAAACUCUGGAUGAUGCAGGAAUAGAUGUCAUAAAGAGGUUAGUUUCCGAUGCAAUUAUAGACCCAAAUGUAAAAGGUGGACUACGUUGGUCGCUCGGGAAGGACUCUGUCGAUGGCACUUGCAGCGUCAGUGAGGUUUGGCAUGUUAAGUGCAAGAAUUUUAAGAGCCAGAACAUGAGGAUUAAUUUUAGAUAUGCUGAUCGGUUUAUUCACAAAAUAUCUUUGGGAGAAGUUUCUAAUGAAGUGGUUUUCAAGUUGCCGGGAGUAUCUAAACAGUUGUGUGAUGAGAACUUCGAGCCUAGCUCUGUGUUGGCCGCCGUCCAGGAAACUGUGAAACUUAUUUGGAACCACUUUUUGGGCAAGAACGUUGGUGUUGAGGGAGAAAAGUGCAAGGAAAAGUGA